AUGCGUCACCAUACCCACCCCAAAGAAAAUACCUUUCCCGAUCUGACGUACGACGGCGUCACAUCUAGCGAGUGGGAGUAUAUUCGGGAGACGACAAACCACUACAGCCAUGGCCCAGUACAGGAUGUGACUGACUCUCAGAUCCGCUGCUACGAGCUGACCGAGGGCGAGGGUGCCAAUGGCACCCAGACUGUCGCGGCCGGAGAUACAGUCAGCUUCGUCGUCGAUCCUUCAAUCCAGCACCCGGGCCCAUUGCAGUUCUAUAUGGCCAAGGUCCCCUCGGGCGAGACGGCCGCCACCUUCUCCGGCGAGGGUGAUGUCUGGUUCAAAAUCUACGAAGAACACCCAACCAUUACCACGGAUGCCAUUACCUUUGCCUCGAGCGGCUUGACCACUGUCUCGGUCACCAUCCCCUCGUGUGUCGCAGCCGGCGACUAUCUCUUGAGGGUUGAGCACAUUGCCCUGCACAGCGCCUCAACGGAGGGUGGUGCACAGUUCUACCUGGCUUGCGCGCAGCUGACGGUCACGGGCAGUGGCAGCAAAACCUUUACUGGAGUUUCUUUCCCUGGUGCUUACUCGGCCACCGACCCAGGUAUUCUCAUCAACAUCUACUGGCCCAUCCCCACCAACUAUACCAACCCAGGGCCAGACCCAGUGUCUUGUUAA